AUGAGUGGUGAUAAUGAAGAAGAUGAUACUCUUCAAUAUAAGGUUUUUGAACAACCUACAAAUAUACUCGUAGAGAUCAAUGUGUUAAUGAAGAAAAUGAGAAAGAAGAUGAAUGUAUUAAUGAGGAAAAUGAAGAAAUCACCUAUUAAUCAUUCAUUCACUAUUGAUGGAUUUAAUAACUGGAAAAGGGUUAACGAUGGAGUUAAAUGUCCACUUUUAAUUCACGUGGGAGGUCCUACUUCCUCACAUAGUAAUUCAGUGAAAUGUGUUGAAGAUUUGAUGAAAGUAAGUGGACAUAUUGACAACAUAUUGAAUGCCCAAAGUUUAGAUGAAGUUCAGAAAAAUCGAUUACGACUUAAGACGACAAUUGAGAGUAUUCGAUGGCUUAGUUUACAAGCUUGUGCAUUUAGAGGUCAUGAUGAAUCUUCAUCUUCUAAAAAUCGUGGUAAUUUUAUAGAGAUGAUAAAACUUAUGAGUCGAUUGAAUGUUAAUAUUGGUGAUAUAGUAUUAGAAAAAGCUCCAAGAAAUGCAACAUAUACUUCACCAACUAUUCAGAAAGAAAUUUUGCAUAUUUUUGCAAAUAAAGUAAGAAAAAAAAUUCGUGAAGAAAUUGGAGAUGCGAAGUUCUAUAUUUUAGUUGAUGAAGCUAAAGAUAUUUCAAAUAAAGAGCACAUGUCAAUUAUUUUGAGAUUUGUUGAUUGUUUGGGUAUUUUACGAGAGUGUUUCUUUGAUAUUGUUAAUGUUCCAAAUACUACUGCUUCAACAUUAAAGAAGAGCAUAUCAGAUGUUCUUUCUCGACAUAAUUUGAAUGUCACCAAUAUGAGAGGGCAAGGGUACGACGGUGCUAGUAACAUGUUUGGUGCUUGGAAUGGACUUCAAGCUCUAUUUCUUCGAGAGUGUCCAUAUGCAUAUUAUAUACAUUGCUUUUCUCAUAGGUUGCAAUUAGCAUUAGUUGGAGCUUCUACAAAAGAGAUUUCUGUUUGGCUAUUUUUUUCAAAAUUAUCCACCAUUAUUAAUCUUAUUGGUUGUUCCUCCAAAUGGCAUUCUGAGUUACAUUCUGUUCAAACUAUUGAAAUUGAUCGUAUGAUUACUUCGGGUGAACGAUAUACUGGUAAAGGAAUGAAUCAAAUUGUAUUGUGGAAGAAGGAUCGUCUAGUUCUUUACGUGGAGAAGCAUGUGGUUGUUUGA